GAGAGGGAGGGAGAGAGAGAGAACAGUCGGACAGGGGGUAACAUGUAAGGUUUUAUUUGCCAGGUGGAAACCUGUGAAUGCACCAUGAGGCUGCUACAACACUUUCUCCUACUUCUGCUGCUGCUGUCUCUGCUCAGCUGCAGUGGUGGUGGUGUUGAGGCGUCUCUAAGUGCUAGUGUUGCUGUGUCGUCAAGUUCCAGUUCUGGAAGUGUUGCUGUGUCGUCAAGUUCCAGUUCUUCGAGUUCCAACACUUCAAGUUCCAGCUCUUCGAGUUCCAGCUCUUCUGGCUCCGUCUCUGGGAGUGUUGACGUGUCUUCAGGUUCGGUCUCUGGGAGUGUUGAUGUUUCUUCUAGUUCCAGUUCAAGUAACAGUUCUGGAACUGUCGGCGCGUCUGUCAGUGUCGGUUCCAGCGGAUCGUCAUCCACCUCGUCUGUCUCCAAGACGUCUGCUUCCUCUGCUCCAACCACAGUCAUAACUCGUGCUACAACCAUUCCUACCACAACUACUCGUGCCUCAACCACAACACACCCUUCUACCACAACCAAAACACCCCCUUCUACCACAACCACAACACCCCCUUCUUCCACAACCACUCAUACCACUGCUGCCACUAUCAUACCAACCACUGCUGCCACACCCACAGUGGCUAAUUCACCCACACCACUAACCUCUCAAACAAGCACACGCACUGUUUACACCAUAACAACCACAACAGGAAUCUAUGACACAAUACCAACCGCCACAAAUAUACAACCACCACCACCACCACAAUCACCACCACCAGCAGGAGACACUAUCGUCACAGACCAGGCCUCCUGGACGCACUUCGAAGUUGACUACACGAACUCCACCCACUGGGGAAACCUCUUCAGAGCUCAAGGCGUCGCAAUACACCCAGACAACUGCUUCCUAAUUCAGCACUUCCCAACCGCAUGUGCCUGUCGGUACCUGUGCAUGAUGCAGUAUAGACGAGAGUGCCAGGCCUGGGCGGCCGUUGGCACUGGGGAUAGCGUGGAGUGCCGCUUGAGUGAUAGAGGUCCUCAGAUAACCCAACUAGUGCAGGAGGGAGCCGCUGUGUACUACUUCAAGCAAGUGGGAGGGAACUUGAGGGACGGAUCUACGAUGGGACGGAUCUACUAUGGGACGGAUCUACGAUGGGACGGAUCUAUUAUGGGACGGAUCUACGAUGGGACGGAUCUACGAUGGGACGGAUCUACGAUGGGACGGAUCUACGAUGGGACGGAUCUACGAUGGGACGGAUCUACGAUGGGACGGAUCUACGAUGGGACGGAUCUACGAUGGGACGGAUCUACUAUGGGACGGAUCUACGAUGGGACGGAUCUACUAUGGGACGGAUCUACGAUGGGACGGAUCUACUAUGGGACGGAUCUACUAUGGGACGGAUCUACGAUGGGACGGAUCUACGAUGGGACGGAUCUACGAUGGAACGGUGGCUGUUAAGGGCCCCUGACUUUGAUGAAUGCUUUUCGUAUGUGCUUGUUCAAUUCCCUAUAGAUGCUUGUAUAUCGCGAUCAUGUCUCCUCUGUUCUAUACUGCUAAGCAUGUGGAUUCUGGAGGGAGAGAUGGUGGGAGAGGUGGGAUGAAGAGGGAUAGUGGAUAGAAGAAGGGAGAGAGGAAGAUGGAGAACGAGCCCGUGUCGUUAUCCGCCCAGUACAGUAGAGGAUAGGAGUAUACCUGGAGUAUACCUGGAGAGGGAUUCGAGAGUUAUUAUACUCCCCGAGCCCGGCAUGAGGCCAGGGGCACGGAGCUUAUCACUAUCUGGAACCAAAAGGUUGGUUCCCAAGGUGACUUUCACAGUCAAUUAAUGCUUUUAACUGGUCAAUUAAUCUCUUAAAUUGCGGCCACAGUGAUCAUUCGGAUGCCAACUCUUAGGUGCCUUGGGAAUAGCGAUGCUGUGUUUGCAACUCUCCUCUGCUACUAUUCCCUCUUGACGUACUCCACCAAACACGGGAAUUAAGCCAGUCUGUCCUCUCAAACAUACAGACGAGGAGUCACAAUAACGUGGCUGAAAUAUGUUGA